AUGAGUGCUGUAACAACAGAAGAGAAUGACAUAUUCUGUGAGAAGGCAGUGACACUUAUUGUUGACCUCUGCCUGGACGACAGCCCUCUUCUAGACUCUGACACGUGCCAGGAUUUUCUCAUGCUGCUAACCAACCACAACCCAAACCUCUCCAACUCAGACAUUUCUUUCAGUCUCCUGCUGCUGGUGUUUGUGGUGUGUGGCUUGGCCCUACUGGGUGUCAUCAGCCUUGCCACCUGGAAACUGUGCUGGGUGCCCUGGCGCAGCAAAGGCCUCUCAACUGACACGCCUGCUUUCAGCCCUUCCCACCCCAGUGCAAACCAAGGCAGACCAGCAGACAGAGACUGCCAGUACCACCUACAUGGUAUGGCUGCAGACAAGACCAAGGACCCAGGCAACUUCCUGGAGGCUGCGGUGAAGAUCAGCCACACAUCACCAGACAUCCCUGCAGAUGUGCAGCUUUCAAUGAAAGACCACCUGCUGCGCCGCACGCGCAUUGCACGCCAGACCACCGAACCUACUUCCUCCAACAGGCACAGUUCCUUCAAAAAGCACCUCCCCAGGCAGAUCCACCACGUGACCAGCUUGGACCGUGGCAAUGAUUUCUUAGACGUGGAUGACCAUCCCACCUGUACAGCAGCAUCACUUGGCCGCAUCCAGCCAGAGCUGUACAAACAGAGCACAAUGGAAGCAGACGAAACCUCUAAGAACAGUGCUGACAAAGCCUGUGGUAAAAUCAACUUUUCCCUCAAGUACGACUAUGAGGGUGAGGUCCUCCUUGUCACGAUCAUAAAGGCUUUUGAUCUGCCCGCCAAAGACUUUUGCGGCAGCUCAGACCCCUAUGUCAAGAUAUACCUGCUUCCUGACCGCAAACGUAAAUUCCAGACACGUGUGCACCGCAAAACACUGAACCCUACGUUUGACGAGACCUUCCAGUUCCCUGUUCCUUAUGACGAGCUAGGGACCAGAAAGCUCCACCUGAGCGUGUUUGAUUUCGACCGUUUCUCACGCCACGACAUGAUUGGGGAAGUGAUUCUGGAUAACCUCUUUGAAGCAUCUGAUCUCUCACGAGAGACAUCCAUCUGGAAAGACAUUCAAUACGCCACCAGCGAGAGUGUGGACCUGGGGGAAAUCAUGUUCUCCCUGUGCUACCUACCCACUGCAGGACGACUCACUCUUACUGUCAUUAAGUGUAGAAACCUUAAGGCAAUGGACAUCACUGGUUAUUCUGAUCCAUAUGUGAAGGUAUCCCUCAUUUGUGAUGGAAGGCGCUUAAAAAAGAAGAAGACUACUAUCAAGAAGAACACUUUAAAUCCCACUUAUAAUGAAGCUAUCAUCUUUGACAUUCCCCCAGAAAACAUGGAUCAAGUCAGCUUACAUAUAUCAGUUAUGGACUAUGACCUGGUGGGACACAACGAGAUCAUAGGUGUAAACCGUGUGGGGAGCCAUGUGGAAGGACUGGGCAGAGACCACUGGAAUGAAAUGCUUGCAUAUCCUCGAAAGCCUAUUGCACACUGGCAUCCACUUCUUGAACCCAAGAAGACGGAUAAAGAGUGGAAAGCUCGCACUUCAAGCUUUGAUAGCCAAGGGUCCUGCCCCUCCCCCAGACUCCUAUCCAGUCCAUAA